AUUUUUUAUUUUGUGGCAAAAACAAGCUCAUAUCAAUUAAAAAUGUACAACUUAAUAAAUCCACAACACAACACUUGUUUUCUGCAGAGAAACCAGCUCUUGAUCCAAGCACCGCACAAAAGUGGACUCUAUCAGUCAAUGAUAUGGAUGACGAUGAUGUGGAUUUGAUAGAUUCAGAUGCACUUUUGGAUGCUGAUGAUCUGAAAAAGCCUGACCCGUCAUCUCUCAAGGCUUCCUGUGGAGAUGACUCCAACAAGAAAAAGAAGGCCUGCAAAAAUUGCGCAUGUGGUCUUGCUGAAGAAUUGGAAAAGGGGAGUACAGCAACUCCAAAAGCCAGCCAGCCCAAAUCAGCCUGUGGAAGUUGUUAUCUGGGCGAUGCCUUCCGAUGUGCCAGUUGUCCAUAUGUAGGCAUGCCUGCCUUCAAACCUGGAGAGAAGGUUCUGCUGGCCAACACUGAUAUAGCUGAUGCAUAGACACUCACUUUUUUUAUUAUUAUUACAUUCCGUUACCAUUCUGCAACAUUGAGGCCCAAUUACAUAUCCAUCUGUGUAAUCAACAGGGAUGCAGUUCAGAGUGUCAUUUGACAAUGUAAUGCACUAAAGUUGCUGAAAAACUGAAACUGUUAUGGCACUGUUUGGUUGUAAAUGUCUCUUUUCAAUCAGAAAAUGGUCAAAAAUAUGAAUAAAUCUCUGCAUUAUAUUAUCACAUCUUCAUGUACAAGAAAGAAAUAUCCACGUCGAGUGUAAUUUGUUUUGUUUGAAAAUCCAAAGCAGCUGCUCGUGUGUUUUGCCUUCUAUAUAGAAUACGGUGACUAUUUUAAGCUAAAAUCAAAUGCUUAAUAAAAUUAGUUAAA